AUGGAGGACGUCACGUUCGAUGAGUCGGUUCCCUUUUACCGUCUCUUCCCCUACCGCACUGCCCCUCUCCCUCCCCCGCCGCUCUUCCUCGCUCCAGGUGCUCCCCAGGUCGACCCUCUCCCCGCUCCAGGUCCUGCUCCCUCAGGUGUGUCUCAGGUAGACCCUCCUCCCUUCCCUGCGCUGGUUGAGGUCACUGGUGACUCAGGUCCUGCUGGGGGUGGUCCUGCUCGGGGUGCUACUUCUGGGGGUGCUGAGUCUGGGGGUGCUGAGCCUGGGGGUGAGGAGCCUGGGGGUGCGGAGCUUGAGGGUGUCGAGCCUGGAGGUGCUGAGCCUGCGUGUGAGGGGUCUGGAGGUGCUGGAGCUGGUGGUUCUGGGGCUGCUGAGGGUGCUAGCGCUGGAGGUUCUGGAGCUGCUGGAGGUCCUGGUGCUGGUGGCGCUGGAGCUGCUGAGGGUGCUGGCGCUGAGGGUUCAGAGUCUGCUGUUGCGCGGUCUCCUUGGAGUAGCCGCCUUCGUCCACGUGUGCCUCUCACCUCACAGCAGCUGCACGACUGGUACGGUCGCCGUCAGGGUCGCGCUGCUGGAGCCCGGGGCUCUACUGCUGGAGGUACUUCUGCUGCCGUCCCUGGAGCUGGGAGUGGUGCUGGUACUGUUUCUACUGGAGGUGCUGGAGUCGCUGGUCCCGGAGGUGCUCGUACUGGAGGUACUGGAACUGCUGGGGCUGGGGGUGCUGCGUCUGGAGGUGCUGCUUCUGGAGACACCAAGGCUGGAGACCCUGGGACUGGAGGUGCUGGUUCUGGGGGUGCUACUGCUAGAGACGUGGGGGCUGGAGACCCUGGGACUGGAGGUGCUGGUUCUGGGGGUGCUGCUGCUGGAGACGUGGAGGCUGGAGACCCUGGGACUGGAGGUACUGGUUCUGGGGGUGCUGCUGCUGGAGGCACUGGGGUUGGAGACCCUGGGCCUGGAGGUGUCGGUUCUGCUGCUGGAGGUGCUGGAGCUGCUGGGGGUACUGGAGCUGCUGGAGCUGCCGGUUCUGACGGGUAG